AUGUACGGAGAAGACGGACCGCAGGACAGGAUCCAGUAUACAGCUCCGGCCUGCUCCACCGCGACCCGUACAGUAGUACUGUACGGUAUGUACUAUACCAUACACCAUACCAUUGUGACCCAUAUGCGCCAAGCCGCAGAGAUGUGCGCUACUGCGCGCAACAGCGUCCGUCCUCCACCUGUGUGCCACGAGGCUGACCCUGGGGCACGCAAGGGAGCUAGAAUCUGGAAGGAUUCUUUGUCUGGCCGCGUUUCGUUCCGUUCAGAUAGGAACCACGCCCCGCCGUAG